AUCGAUGCCUGGUAUUCAGAAGUCUACAAGUAUGAUUUCAGUUCCGAUGGCCCUUCCCCAAAUACAAAACAUUUUACGCAACUUUGUUGGCGCGAUACUACUCAGUAUGGGAUUGGAUAUGCAUACGAUCCAGAUCCCAGAAUAGCUGUUGUCGUAAUGAACUUCAACCCUCCGGGCAACAUAGUUGGUGGUUACAAAGCCAAUGUGCUACCGCCGCGG